AUGAAGUCUGCUAUAGUUUUGGUGGUACUAAUCGCGGCCGCGUCUUUGGCGGAUGCUUUCAUCGUCAACUCUAAAGAAACAUUGUCCAGAAAACGUCGUAGAAUUCUAGGACUCAGCAUCCCGAACUUAAUUGGCGUUGGUGUCACCUUAGGCAAAACUACACCCAGGCCCACUGUAGUCGCACCAUCGCCUCAGAUGUUACACUUCAACGAGAAGUCGAGGCACCAUCACCGACACCGCAGCAAACAAACAACGAAAAUACUUCGGGAAAUACCAAUCGGCUUGGGCUAG